GGCUUUCUGGCCUGAAGUUGCCAGGGGGGUUGUCGCCCGCCCGCGGAGCCGCCCGCUCUGUCACCUGGUCUGGCUAGCAGGACAGAAGGAUACUCCUUUGGCGGUGUCCCAGCUCGAGAGCUCUAAAGAGUGACCUCGAAUGUCCUUCCUCUGCUGAAUCUGGAAGGUCUUCUGCAGGUCUUUAGGUUCCAAGUGGCUCAGGUGCACCUGGGCAGACCAACUAUGAGAGCCAGUCAGCAGGACUUUGAAAAUGCCAUGAACCAAGUGAAACUCUUGAAAAAGGACCCAGGAAACCAAGUGAAGCUUAAACUCUACGCGCUGUAUAAGCAGGCCACAGACGGACCCUGUAAUAUGCCUAAGCCAGGGGUGUUCGACCUAGUCAAUAAAGCCAAGUGGGAAGCAUGGAAUGCACUUGGCAGCCUGCCAAAGGAAACUGCCAGGCAGAACUAUGUGGAUCUGGUGUCCAGUCUGAGUCCCUCAUCUGAAGCCUCUAGCCAGGGAAAGCAUGAAGCCGAUGAGAAAGUCCAGGGGUCUAAGGACAUUGUGGUGACCUCUGAAGAUGGCAUCACGAAGAUCGUGCUCAAUCGACCCACCAAAAAGAAUGCCAUAACUUUCCAGAUGUAUCAGGAUAUUAUACUUGCACUUAAGAAUGCAAGCACAGACAGCUCAGCCAUAACUGCCUUCACAGGAACUGGUGACUACUACUGCAGUGGGAAUGACCUCACUAACUUCACUAGUGCCUCUGGCGGAAAGGAGGAGGCAGCUAGCAGGGGUGCUGUGGUGCUGAGAGAAUUUGUAAACAGUUUUAUAGAUUUUCCCAAGCCUCUGGUUGCAGUAGUAAACGGCCCAGCUGUGGGAAUCUCGGUCACCCUUCUGGGACUGUUUGAUGCUGUCUAUGCAUCUGACAAGGCAACAUUUCAUACUCCGUUCAGCCACCUCGGCCAGAGCCCAGAAGCAUGCUCCUCCUACACUUUCCCAAAGAUAAUGGGUUCAGCAAAGGCAACUGAGAUGCUUCUCUUUGGCAAGAAGCUCACAGCAAGAGAGGCUUGGGCUCAAGGCCUUGUCACUGAAGUUUUUCCGGAAAGCACCUUUGAGAACGAAGUCUGGACCAGGCUGAAAGCCUAUGCGAAGCUCCCGCCAAACUCCAUGAGAAUUUCCAAGGAGUUAAUCAGAAAAAAUGAGAAAGAAAAGCUCCACGCCAUUAAUGCCGAAGAGUGCACUACCCUCCAAGCACGGUGGCUGUCAGAGGAAUGCAUCAAUGCACUCAUGAACUUCAUGUCCAGAAAAGCAAAGCUGUGAAGACCACCGCAGUAGUUAGACUUCACAGAGGAAGGGUGUGCUGCGAGUUCCGGUUUCCGGUAUUUGAACAACACACACUGCACUGUGUCUUUUCCUUGACUAACAGCAAUUAUGUUGAGAAUGACACACAGCACUGACAAAUAAAAACUUUCAUAAAUCAA